AUGUCCGACAGCGAAUCUGAUGGCUUCAUCGUCAAUGAUGAUAGUGAGUCAGAUGGAUAUGUCGCAUCUCCAGCCAAGAAGGGCAAGACUGUAAAGUCCGCGCCAGCGAAAAAGGCAGCAGCCCCAAAAGCUUCUACCGCUAAAGCCAAAGCUCCGGCAAAGACGCCUCUGGGCGCGAAGAGGACUCCCAACGAUUCUUUCACCGAGGACGAAGACGACACGAUGCUUGCAUCAUCCUCUAAACCAGCCCCAUUGGAGGGAAACUCUGGCCUUGAUGUCCCAAAGGAGAACAAUGCGCCAAAUGGCAAAGGCAAGAGCGCCAGUGACACUUAUAAGAUGCUCUCACACUUGGAACACGUCCUGCUGCGACCGGACUCUUAUAUCGGAUCAGUGGAAGCUGUGACACAGCCGAUGUGGGUUUUCGACUCGGAGACCAAGCAGAUGGCAUGGAGACCCACCACCUACGUGCCGGGAUUUUUCAAGAUUUUCGAUGAGAUUCUGGUGAAUGCGGCGGAUAACAAGGUCAACGACCCGUCUAUGGACACUCUCAAGGUCCACAUUGACCGAGAGAAGAACCAGAUCUCCGUCUACAACAACGGAAAAGGUAUUCCGGUAGAAAUACAUUCGCAGAAUGGAAUCAUGAUCCCAGAAAUGAUUUUCGGGCAUUUACUCUCUUCGAGUAACUACGACGAUGACCAGAAGAAAUUGACCGGUGGUAGAAAUGGUUACGGUGCAAAGCUGGCCAACAUCUACUCGAACGAAUUCAUUGUCGAGACUGCCGACAAGGUCAAUGCCAAAAAGUACAAGCAGAUCUUCUCCAAGAACAUGAGCGUCAAGGGUACUCCUAAGAUUACAGAGAAUAAGAAGGAAGAAGAGUACACCAGGAUCACCUUCACUCCUGAUCUGAAGCGUUUCGGCAUGGAGCGAAUCGACGACGAUACGUACGCCCUCCUCACAAAGCGUGUGUACGAUCUAGCGGGAACCGUUAAAGACAUCAAGGUGGUACUCAAUGACGAGAGGAUUAAGAUCAAAGGUUUCAAACAAUACGUCGAAAUGUAUCUCAGCGCAUCUACAAAGGCUGCUGAAGAUGCUGCGGGAGGCGCUGCAGUCACCAAACCCAGUGUCAUAUUCGAGGCGGUAAACAAGAGAUGGGAGGUGGCAUUCGCGCUGUCAGACGGCGAGAUGCAACAAGUAUCUUUUGUGAACUCAAUCUCAACAACGAAGGGGGGUACGCACGUGGAGAUGUUGGCCACGCAGCUUGCAAACAAACUGCUUGAGCAGGUAAAGAAAAAGAACAAAGCGGCGCCAGUCAAGCCCUUCCAAGUCAAGAAUCACAUGUGGAUCUUUGUCAAUGCAAUGAUCGAAAAUCCUGCGUUUGAUUCGCAGACCAAGGAGGCUCUCACGCUUAAAAGCUCUGCGUUUGGAAGCAAAUGCGAGCUUUCCGAGGAGUUUGUGAAGAAAGUUUCUAAGUCUGGGAUCAUUGACAACAUCCUCAACUGGGCCAAGUUCAAGCAGGACCAGAUGUUGAAGAAAUCAGAUGGUGCCAAGCGUACUAGAAUCUCUGGUAUUGUCAAGCUGGAGGACGCCAACAACGCUGGAGGUCGAAAUGCCAAGAGAUGCACCUUGAUUCUGACUGAAGGAGACUCUGCCAAGGCUUUGGCCGUUUCCGGGCUCGGUGUCGUAGGACGAGACGAUUAUGGAGUCUUUCCCUUGCGAGGAAAACUUCUCAACGUCCGAGAGGCAAGUCACGAUCAGAUCAUCAAGAACGUGGAGAUCCAGCACAUCAAGCAGAUCCUCGGUUUGAAGCACAAUCAGGAUUACACGUCAGUCGAUAGUCUCAGAUACGGUCACAUCAUGAUCAUGACGGACCAAGAUCAUGAUGGUUCUCAUAUCAAAGGUCUUCUCAUCAACUUCUUCGACCACUUUUACCCAUCAUUGCUUCGAAUCCCGGAUUUUCUGGUCGAAUUCAUUACUCCUAUUGUCAAAGUCACGAAGGGGUCACAAGAGCGAAGCUUCUACACCAUGCCCCAAUACGAGGAGUGGAAGCUAUUGAACAACGAUGGCAAGGGAUGGCACUGCAAAUACUAUAAGGGUCUGGGGACCAGUACCUCCGCAGAUGCCAAGAAGUACUUCACUGCCAUUGACAAACACCGCCUGAGCUUUGACGUUGUCAAACCAGAAGAUCGUCAGCUCAUCGAUAUGGCGUUCAACAAGAAGAAAGCAGACGAUCGAAAAGAAUGGCUGAGGCAAUUCAAACCCGGUACCUUCUUGGAUCACGACGUAGCCACAGUUCCCGUCUCAGACUUUGUGAACAAGGAAUUGAUCCUCUUCUCGAUGGCUGAUAAUAUCCGUUCGAUCCCUUCUGUUGUCGACGGCUUGAAACCCGGUCAGAGAAAGGUGCUUUUCGGUUGCUUCAAAAGAAAUCUCAAGAACGAGAUCAAGGUCGCUCAGCUUGGAGGGUAUAUCGGCGAGAAUUCUGCUUAUCACCAUGGUGAAGCAAGUCUGUAUUCCACAAUUAUCGGUUUGGCCCAAAACUAUGUUGGGAGCAACAAUAUCAACUUGCUCUCACCCAACGGUCAAUUCGGCACACGACUAGCCGGAGGGAAAGAUGCCGCAAGCCCUCGUUACAUUUUUACCCAGAUUCCACGCAUGACAAGAACGGUCUUCCGCCAGGCAGAUGAAGGACUCCUCAAUUAUCUCACGGAUGAUGGGAUGGACAUAGAGCCCGAAUACUACAUGCCAACUGUGCCCAUGAUCCUGGUCAACGGCGCUGAUGGUAUUGGAACUGGAUGGUCUACUUCAAUACCCAACUAUAAUCCCAUUGACAUUGUGGAUAACCUGAGACGGAUGAUGAACGGCCAGGAACCCGAGCGUAUGGAUCCCUGGUUCCGCGGUUUCAAGGGUUCGAUCGAGAGAGUGGACCAGGACAAGUACAAGAUCAGCGGUCGGAUUGAGAAAAUCGAUGAGAAAACUCUGGAGAUCACUGAAUUACCCAUUCGCAAAUGGACACAAGACUUCAAGGAGAUGUUGGAAGAAAUGACUGCGGGCACAGACAAGAUCCCCCCAUCCAUCAAGGACUACGAAGAGCAUCAUACUGACACCACUGUCCACUUCCGGAUCACGUUGACCGAAGCCAGCAUGAAGGCUGCUGAGGAGGAGGGUUUGGAGAAACGAUUCAAGAUGUCCACCACGAUGGGUACCGGAAAUAUGGUUUGCUUUGACUUGAAUGGCAAGAUCAAAAAGUAUUCGUCGGCCGAGGAGAUCCUUGUCGAGUUCUUCCACAAGCGAUUGGAGUAUUACGGAUUGCGCAAACAACUCCUUGCCGACGAACUGAACAAGCAAUUUGAGAGGCUUUCCAACCAGGCUCGGUUCGUGCAGAUGAUCAUCAGAAAGGAGCUCUCCGUCUCGAAUAAGAGGAAAGACAAGAUCGUUGCCGAAUUGCGUUCUCUAGAUUUUGCACCUUUCCCCAAGUCAAAAAAGGCAAAGGCGUCCGGAGAGAGCGAGCCUUCGCUGGAAGAGUUGGACGAAGGCAUGGCGAGCGAUUAUGACUACUUGCUCGGAAUGGCUCUGUGGAGUCUGACUGCGGAGAAAGUGGAGAAACUGCUUGCCGAGCGCGAUCUCAAGGAGACAGAGCUUGUUGCACUCCUCAAGUUGACGCCACAAGAUAUCUGGAACAAUGAUCUGAACGAGUUUCUGGAGGAGUGGCAGCGCAUUCUUGACGAGGACGAGGAUGCCGCCAAGACAUCGAAGCCAAAAACCAAAGCGGCUAUCAAAGCUGCAGAGAAGAAACGCAAGCGAGCGGAGGGAGAGGACUCAGACGGAUCAGAUGAUUUCAAACCGACGAGAGCAGCACCGAAGCCAAAGGCUACAAAGCCCAAAGCUGUGUCUGCGGCUGCUUCGGCUGCCAAUGCCUCACCUGUGAAGCAGGAAAGGUGA